UGGCCUGGCUGCUGCCAAAGCACUUCUGGAGCAGGGCUUUACGGAUGUCACUGUGCUUGAGGCUUCCAGCCGCAUUGGAGGCCGCGUACAGAGCGUGAAGCUUGACACCCAGGGCUGAAAGCCCAGGCUGCAGUUGGACCUGCAGCAGUGUGAGAUGCUAGCUGUGAAUCCCGGUGGUAAGGGCAGCGGCGAUGACCAGAAGCCCCAAGGACACCGUGAGGUAGAUGUGGAGAUGGUGCCUGGUACCCUUUGGAUGCAGGAUGUAACAAGGAUGACAAAGUUCCUGCUUAUGCCUGGAUACCCCAUGCCUGGACAUCACUGCCCGGUGACUAUGACUUGGAGCUCCCUGGUGUACCCUGGGGAAGUAACUGAUGGUUUAAUUAGAAGCAGCCCAGGAAAGAGAAGACACAAAAAAGAGAAAUGCCCAGUUCCUGGGGUGAGGGGACACGCCACCUUUGAGCUGGGAGCCACGUGGAUCCAUGGCUCCCACGGGAAUCCCAUCUAUCAUCUAGCAGAAGCCAAUGGCCUUCUGGAAGAGACAACUGAUGGGGAGCGCAGUGUGGGCCGCAUCAGCCUCUACUCCAAGAAUGGCGUGGCCUGCUACCUCACCAACCAUGGCUGCAGGAUCCCCAAGGAUGUGGUUGAGGAAUUCAGUGAUUUAUACAACGAGGUCUAUAACUUGACCCAAGAGUUCUUCCGGCACGGUAAACCAGUCAAUGCUGAGAGCCAGAACAGCGUGGGGGUGUUCACCCGAGAGGAGGUGCGCAACCGCAUUAGGGACGACCCUGACGAUCCAGAGGCCACCAAGCGCCUGAAGCUCGCCAUGAUCCAGCAGUACCUGAAGGUGGAGAGCUGUGAGAGUAGCUCGCACAGCAUGGACGAGGUGUCCCUGAGCGCCUUUGGGGAGUGGACUGAGAUUCCCGGUGCCCACCACAUCAUCCCCUCGGGCUUCAUGCGGGUUGUGGAGCUGCUGGCUGAGGGCAUCCCGGCCCACAUCAUCCAGCUGGGGAAACCCGUCCGUUGUGUUCACUGGGACCAGGCCUCGUCCCACCCUUGGGGCCCUGAGAUUGAGCCCCGGGGUGAGGGUAGCCAUAAUCAUGACACUGGGGAGGGCAGCCAGGGUGGAGAGGAGCCCCAGGGGGAGGGGCAGGAUGAGGAUGAGCAGUGGCCGGUGGUGGUGGAGUGCGAGGACUGUGAGGUGAUCCCGGCGGACCACGUGAUUGUGACCGUGUCGCUGGGCGUGCUCAAGACGCAGCAUGCCAGCUUCUUCCGGCCAGGCCUGCCCGCUGAGAAGGUGGCUGCCAUCCACCGACUGGGCAUCGGCACCACCGACAAGAUCUUUCUAGAAUUCGAGGAGCCCUUCUGGGGCCCCGAGUGCAACAGCCUACAGUUUGUGUGGGAGGACGAGGCGGAGAGCCACACGCUCACUUACCCACCCGAGCUCUGGUACCGCAAGAUCUGUGGCUUUGAUGUCCUCUACCCGCCUGAGCGCUACGGCCACGUGCUGAGUGGCUGGAUCUGUGGGGAGGAGGCCCUUGUCAUGGAGAAGUGUGAUGACGAGGCAGUGGCCGAGAUCUGCACAGAGAUGCUGCGGCAGUUCACAGGGAACCCCAACAUUCCAAAGCCUCGGCGAAUUCUGCGCUCAGCCUGGGGCAGCAACCCCUACUUCCGGGGAUCCUAUUCAUAUACACAGGUGGGCUCGAGUGGGGCAGAUGUGGAGAAGCUGGCCAAGCCCCUGCCAUACACGGAGAGCUCCAAGACAGCGCAAGGAAGCUCCUCAAAGCAGCUGCCUGGUCACCUUUUAUCUUCCAAGUGCCCAGAACAGUCCCUGGAACCUAAUAGAGGCUCCAUAAAGCCCAUGCAGGUGCUGUUCUCAGGUGAGGCCACCCACCGCAAGUACUAUUCCACCACCCAUGGUGCUCUGCUCUCUGGCCAGCGCGAGGCUGCCCGUCUCAUUGAGAUGUACCGAGACCUCUUCCAGCAGGGGACCUGAGGGCCUCCUCGCUGCCGAGCGUGUUCCUUAAAGAACCACUAACUUGUGACUUUCAGCCCUGCCCCUUGCUGUUGUGUACUCAUUUCCUAAUCCUCUGGAGAAUGGAUUUGUAUCUUUUGUAGAGCUAGACAUCUAAAUGGCUUCAGACCUGGCCCUGUAGCUUUUCCUUUUCUCCUUGCUGGGUGGUGACCAGGGUGGGGUCUGUUGAUUUACCUCUGUGCUCUGACCUCUGACCUCCCCAUGCCUCCCCUCAUCUCCGAACUUGUUAUUGUAAGUGCCUUCAAUACUCUGCAUUUUGGGAUAAUAAAAGAGGCUUGCCCUUCCUGUGCUCCUCAGCUUCUCUCUUCCGUUUUUCUUAGCCUUGUGUGUUUGUGUGUGUGUGUGUGUGUGUGUGUACGUGUGUGUACGUGUGUGUAUGUGUGUGUGUGUUUAUCUGUCAUAUCCUCUUUGAGUGCAGGGAUGGUGUGGGUGCUGUGGUCUGGCUAUACCCCCAGAAAGGAAGGUGCCUGCCUUUAGUGGAAGGGGCAUUCCCUCACCCCAAUCUGUUUGUGGUUGUUUCCUUUCCUGCCCGUGAGACCCCUCUGGAGUAAGGGCCCCUCACUGCCCAGCCUCAGCUCCUUCAGGACAGGCCUGGGUCUGCCUGUUGGCCAUUUGCCAGACUUCUCAGAGCCUGAUCGGGUAACAUGGCCACAUGGAGUGAAGGUGAGUUUUAUGGGAGGGGACACCUGUUGUGGCUCCAUGCCAAGCUCAGAUGUGUUAAUUAUUAAUCAGUGUCACCUGGCCACAGGGCCCUGGGUCUGGCCCUUGGCUUAGCUUCUGUUGACUUCUGGGAAGGUGGAUAGUCCAGCCAUUUUUUUGCUGAGUGAAAAUGCAGACACUCACACAUACACCCCUUAUAUACCCACACACACAUACAUCACUCCCACACAGAUACACUACCCCACACCCUUACACCUAUACGCAACUACACUUACACACAUGCAUAAAACCUUAAAGAACAUUUAGUCAUUUUCUUACUCCAGAUUUCUAGUGACAGAGUUUGAAUUCUAUAGGGUGGAGGGGUUGGGUGGUGGAGGAAGUGAUGAAAAGUCAGGUGCACCCCCUGGUCUAACUCUGUAUGAACUUAGGUUGGGUCCACUCUUCAGAAGUAUAGGGCAGUGCCCUUGAUAUGACUCUACAUCCUUUCCCCCUUCACCUCAGGCUGUGAUGGACAUGUCUAACACAUAGAUAUUCCUCUGCACGCCUCCCUGCACCUGCCUGCACAUCCCUACAUGCACACCCUCCUACAUGCAUAUACACCCCUACACACACACCUACAUGGACA